AUGUCAGUUGCUGGAAAAUUAUUUUCCUACUGUGCCAACAUUCGUCCUUGCUUAUAUGUAUUCAUCUGCACAAAUCGGAGAGUUUGCAAAAUCGGGCAAAUUCGGGUGAACUCGGGUCAAGCAGACCACGUGCCCACUCGUCAAAGGAUUCGUGAUUGCAUCAACCUUCAUCACACCCGACAGUGCUUACGUCUCCCCACCCACCCUCUUUUCCAACGAUCGAAGAAACAGAUCGCCAUGGGCACAGCGCCGCAGCUUAAGAGACCAAAAUUAAAAGCCAUGAAAGUCUACACUAGACCCCGUGGCAGUCAUUGGUUGUACAUCCACGAUCCUUGGCCGUACGGCGCCUCCUCCGCAGAUAAACAGAACACAAAUGCAGUGGUCGGGUGGGUAUGCCGAGCGAUCUCCGAUCUGUGCCGAGUCGACACCCUCCCGAACGAAAUCAAGGUUUUCCAUCGAUCGCAGCACAGCUAUCUCGUCAUCCAGAUCACCAAUACUCAGUUAGUCAGCCUCGACCCCGUCUUGGGGACGCACAUUCCUUCCGAAUUCCUCACGUCAGCAUAUGCACCAUCGAAUACGUCUCAAACAAGCACCUGGUACGAAUACGACUACGAGGCGUGCAACGAUCCCAACAAAACCCAGUGGACGGGAAGUGUUCCAAGCUUCUCCGAGCUACCGGUCGACUUCCCCAUCAAAUGGAGCCAGGCACGUCGCGGGGCAGAUCCGUACCCAUCCCCGUCCCCUGCCCUACCCGCACACAAGAAGCGCCAGUUUGCGAAAACGCUUCCUCUGCAUCUGAUACAGCAACAACAGCUCACUCUUCCCCCGUCCAAAACCGAUCAUGGCAUUGCCGACGCGGGGCCUUUGGGACACCGUUCUCCACCGCCCGAACCCGUCUCCGAGUUUGCUUUCACUCCUUACCAGUUUCCACCUAACUUUCCGACAUUGCCAUCCGAUGGAUCAAUACCUGUGAGAAAGCUUGAUCCUUAUGAAGAAGAGGAUCUCGCACAAGCCCUGCUCCAUCCGCAUCCAGCCUCCCAGUUCCCAUCCAGACACGGCGACCACAAGUCGCCGGUCAAGGAAGAAUAUGUUGAGCAUCAGCUCGGACAGCUCUUUGGGGUGAUGGCCGAACGGCGUCUUGAGGUGAAGCUUGAAGCGGUCUCAGAACCGAUGGACGCCCUCCAAUCCAUGUUCACGGAGAUGGAGAGGCGCAAUGCCGCGCUUGAAUCGGAGCGAAGAAAGUCCGACGACGAUGAGCCGGUUCCCUGUCGGGAAGCUGUCCAACUGAACAGAACAACGAUCAAGUCUGAACCUAUAGAAUUAGAGUUGCACACAACUCCGGUUAAAUCUGAACCGACAGAGCACAAUAUCCCUUCGAGCAGGCCGAGAAAUCGAAUAUUUGACGCAUUUGACGGAUAUUCUCCGAGCUCGGUCAGAAGCGAAGAUCAGCAUGAAGGUAAGGUCAUUCAACUCUCCGACGAAAAUGAUGAAACUGGUUUUCUCUCCAACAGCUCAGCGGGUCAAAACAGAAUUUACAGACGACUCCAUAUCUUCCGAUAAUCAUCUCGUGAAACAGGGAAAACAGUAUGAAUCAUUUCUAGCGGACCGGGCGGCUCCAGGGACUAUGGAUCAAUACACCGGACGCGAGCACCCCUCACUUGGUCAAGGCGAGCGUUCCGCGGCGCUAUCACAAUGACCUUGACCCAAUCCUUCCAGGUGGGUACCACGCCUCACCCCGACCAGAAGCGAGGGGGCGGCAUGAAGGGAAUCCGAACACUGCAAGCUUCGGAAAGAGAAAAUCCGAACGCGAUUUAUGGCCAAGCUCGCAGCAGCCAUCGACCUCAAGGCAGUCCACAAGGGACAACGCAACGGGUCUGCCAGAGCGCUACUUGUGGUCUCAUCACUGAUGAGUCUGACAGCCACGCGCUCGUCCUACGAGGUUCCACCACUGAAGCGCGAACGGCUUUCCGGCCCGACACCGCACCGAACAAACAUGAAAGAUCCACGGAUUCGCUCGGACUGAGAGCGCGAAGAGUAGUGAAGGAGGGAAAGAGAUCUUAUUUGCAACGGUUCAUGUGAUACAUGUGAUUUCUGGGCUGCCCGUGUACCAGAUAUUGGAGAAGAUUUGCAGUUUUGUGUCAGUCUAACAUGCAGAGGGGGCGUAUCUUGCCUUUUAUACAGAACAUUCGGUCUGGAUGAACGACUGAGACAUUGCAGCAGAUGGAUGAAAGUCUGGGAAUGAAUUCAAAUGCCGGUGUUGGAAAUAUCUGACAGUGAUGGCAAAGACCGAAUCACUCCAGUAUUUUCGAUGUGUCUUGUAAGCGAAGCAGAGUAAGCAAGGUCACUAAGGUUCUGGUGCACUUUGAAUUGCGAAGGAGGGAGACCGGCUGCACUGGAGUGACUUCUGAUAGAUAGGAGUCGUUUGA